AUGAAAAUAUCUGGUUGUGUGGCGUUAGUGACAGGUGGAGCUUCAGGGAUAGGACGAGGACGUUGCGAAGUACUGCUGCAGCGCAACGCCAAGGUAUUUAUUUCGACUUUGGAUAGCCGCCAGCGCGUUAUGCAGCGUUAUGCGGGUCAGUAGUUCAUGUAUGACCCCAUGAAAUGUCCUGAGGCACCGGUGCCAUGUCGGGCCUCUAGGCACAGAAGUAACUGUAGUGAAGUGUAGUAAAUGUAGUAGUUGUAGUAGUUGUAGUAGCUGUAGUAUCUGUAGUAAGUGUAGUAUCUGUAGUAAGUGUAGUAAGUGUAGUAAGUGAAGUAAGUGUAGUAGAUGUAGUAGUUGUAGUAAGUGUAGUAGAUGUAGUAGUUGUAGUAAGUGUAGUAUCUGUAGUAGCUGUAGUAAGUGUAGUAUCUGUAGUAAGUGUAGUAUCUGUAGUAAGUGUAGUAUCUGUAGUAAGUGUAGUAAGUGUAGUAAGUGUAGUAAGUGUAGUAGUUGUAGUAAGUGUAGUAAGUGUAGUAAGUGUAGUAAGUGUAGUAGGUGUAGUAAGUGUAGUAGUUGUAGUAAGUGUAGUAGAUGUAGUAGUUGUAGUAAGUGUAGUAGCUGUAGUAAGUGUAGUAUCUGUAGUAAGUGUAGUAUCUGUAGUAAGUGUAGUAAGUGUAGUAGCUGUAGUAAGUGUAGUAGCUGUAGUAACUGUAGUAGCUGUAGUAGGUGUAGUAUCUGUAGUAAGUGUAGUAAGUGUAGUAGGUGUAGUAGCUGUAGUAGCUGUAGUAAGUGUAGUAUCUGUAGUAAGUGUAGUAGGUGUACUAGCUGUAGUAGCUGUAGCAGCUGUAGUAAGUGUAGUAGAUGUAGUAGCUGUACUAGCUGUAGUAAGUGUAGUAGCUGUAGUAAGUGUAGUAUCUGUAGUAAGUGUAGUAAGUGUAGUAUCUGUAGUAGGUGUAGUAGCUGUAGUACCCGUAGUAAGUGUAGUAUCUGUAGUAAGUGUAGUAUCUGUAGUAAGUGUAGUAAGUGUAGUAGCUGUAGUAAGGGUAGUAGGUGUAGUAGCUGUACUAGCUGUAGUAAGUGUAGUAGCUGUAGUAAGUGUAGUAUCUGUAGUAAGUGUAGUAAGUGUAGUAAGUGUAGUAGAUGUAGUAGCUGUAGUAAGUGUAGUAUCUGUAGUAAGUGUAGUAAGUGUAGUAUCUGUAGUAAGUGUAGUAGGUGUAGGUGUAGUAUCGAAAAUAAGUGUAGCUUGUUGGAGCUGUAAAUUGACCUUUGCAGGCCGUCGUAUUGUGGCUUAAAUGUGGCAAAAAUUCAGUGGUGACUGAUAGUGUUAAAGUGUAGUAUCUGUUAGUAGCUGUAGCUGUAGUAAGUGUAGUAUCUGUAGUAAGUGUAGUAAGUGUAGUAGGUGUAGUAGCUGUAGUAGCUGUAGUAAGUGUAGUAGCUGUAGUAAGUGUAGUAGCUGUAGUAAGUGUAGUAGCUGUAGUAGUUGUAGUAAGUGUAGUAGCUGUAGUAGGUGUAGUACCUGUAGUAGCUGUAGUAGCUGUGGUAGGUGUAGUAUCUGUAGUAAAUAAAUAACUAUUCGUUGUGUUUAAACACUAAAAGAUGGAAUCCGGAAUCCGGAAUCCGGAAUCCGGAAACGAAAUCAUGAAAAGGGAAACGGAAUACGGAAUCAAAUAUCAAUGAUAGAAAAUUAAAUUAUUCACAUUGCAUAACUUAGUACAAUCCAAAGAGAAUUUGUUUUAGUUUGUCUUUGCAGUUCCCUGAAAUAUAUUCUUGUUAAGGUGUGCUACACAUGUAGUGUAGUAAUUUUUAUUCACGAGUCUAUGGGUUGAAUACUACAGUUAAACACUCCCUUUUGGGUGGUAGUAUUUGGUCUCAGACCACAUUACGUGAUUGUCCCCAAAAAUACUCAACAUGUGACCGACCCAAGACGUCACCACUGAGUUACAGCGUUUUAGCAGUAAGUUCAACUUUUUCGCCAAGCUGAAUGCUGAUAGAAUAUUGGUGUUGUUGCAUUUGCGUUGAUGUCCGAAUUUCACUUUGAAGAGGCUUUUAAAACAUAAUGCAUUAAUUUGAUGUAAUCAGUUGCGGAAUCAAGCAAAUGCAUGCACAAUUCUCUCAGUCUUCUCUAUGGACUCCACAAUGCCAUGGAUCUCUUGAGCAAGUUGUUUUAGAUAAAUAAAAUUGAAGACAACUCAGAAAAGACACCCGGGAAAUACUUGACAAUGACGCCUUUAAUUUCAGUCAUAUAAACGACGUCUCUAUCAAUGUCGAUUUAAACAAAACCUGUCUUCAUAUAACCUUCCUCUUUUUAAAGGAACUCAGUAGUUGUCAGUGACAUCUUCUCAGCUAUAAUUUUUCUCCUCGCUUCGCUGUUCCCUGAGAAUGUGCGUUCAUUGCCGGAAGUGGUAUGAAGAGUCUUGUUACCGGAAUCUAAUCCUCUUAUAUAGCCUGAUACAGCAGUCUCCUCUGCCCAGGUAAUUUAUUGAUUUAUGUCUUUAUUUGAUCUGUUUAUUUAUUGUGUUGUCAUUGCCAAUAUUUUUUGUGAAAUAGAUCAUUUGGAACCCUCUUUCACAUAUUGUGUAUUCUGUUUCCAUUUCCGUGAUUCUGUUUCUGGAUUCCAGAUUAUGGAUUCCGGAUUCCGGAUUCCAGAUUCCAGAUUCCGGAUUCCAGGUUUUAGUGCCCCAGUGUUUAAAAGCUUAGACUUUCCGUCUUGUUGAAAUCUGACAUUGCAAGUUCUAGCUUCCACUCCUCCUCUCCUGGGGGGAACUGCUUGAAGUUUUGCACCAGCAUGGGUGGAUUGAAAAGCUUCUUCCCCCCAGUAAAUAGACGGCUCUUGGAAAAGGGCAAAGGGGUAGCAGUGUUCUCAAUUGAAGUAAACAGCUUAGGCCAGGGGCAUACAUGUACCCAGCCUUUUCUGGCACUUUGAGGUGGGUGGAGGAGGGGGGAGAGGCAGAAGGAGGGGUCUAACUUUUUUAAAGUCACAAUGUUACAAGUCAAUUUUUUCGAUGCUUGUUUAAAAUGAUGGUAAUUAAUUGAGUAAUUUUGAAAGUCAAUUGAAAUCAAUAGUUUGACUUCUUGAGAUCAUCCAUCUUGAUUGAUUUUUGCAAUCAUGUGAUUCAUUUUAUUGAUUCAUGUCAAAAACUUUAAAUUAUUUAAUUGGUUGAUGUGCUGUAAUAAAGUUUCCACUCUUUGGCUACCGUCAAACGGCAUCAGAAGUAUUUUUGACUUGCUGAUAAGUUUGACUGGACACUUCAUUCAUGCGGGACUGUUCAAUUAUUAUGGCUAGGAGACAAAGGCAGGGUUGUUUUGUAUGUCAGUUCCAAUGAAAAAUUCUUAAUUAUUAGUGAGUUUUAGAUCAUUUUAUUCAUGCCCCAGGUUUGAAAAUGGCUGUAAUGAAUAUGAUGUUAUUCAGGAUAACAUUAUAAACCUCGGUUGAUUCCCAAUUCCCUAUGUCUCCCAGCCCUAAUUUAUGAUAAUUAGGGAUGGGAGACAAAGGAAAUAUAGUAUCAACUUGGUUAAAAAAUUUUAACUUGAACUUAUUUUUGACCUGUAACAUAUAUAGUCAAACGAGUGAUGUACAUACUAUUAAAACUGUUUCCAGUUACAGCUAGCUCAAUUAUCAAAAUAUCCAUCUUUGAAUUAAAGAAAAAUCCAGAUUUGAAUUUUUAGUAUAAAAGAAACCCACCUCGCAUUUUUCUCUUAGGAUUCAAGGGCCUAAAAAAGAUAUCAAGUCUUUGUCGACCAUGAAUUAGGAAUAAGUUUCUCAUACACAUCAAGUGAAGUUUGCAUAAACAGAGAACUCAGGGAGGGGAGCCUGAAGGGGCAUACCCAGGGGUGUGUUAAAGGGGAUCCAGACCCUCCCUCCCCUGCCCCUUCUCUUAAUUUGUGUAAAUGCUGAGUUUUCAAAUCUCGAUGAAAAUCUUCCUGCAGCUGAACUAUAUAGUUUUAAAGACAUAUCAGAGGCUAUGUUCACCAGUUCUGGACAAUAUAAUUUCCUUGGACUGGUAUUGGAAAUUUUUGCAUUUAUCUGUUUUGUUUACACAGAACCAUCUUAACAGUAUGAGAUUUUAGAUACCUACCAUUCAAAGUUCCUUAUGGACAGGGAGCAAAUAAUUGAACAGUCCCAUGUGAACGAAGUGUACUCCCAUCAAACUUAUCAGCAAGUCAAAAUUCUUCUGAUGUCAUUUAAAAGUAGCCAAAGAGUGGACAUUUUAUUAGAGCAAAUCAUUAUCAACCAAUAAAAUUAUUACAGAUAACUGUACUGUGUAAUGUAAUAUGAUUGUAAUAGUCUUAUGUAAUAUAAGGUAUGUAACUGAAAAGGUAAUACUGUGGAAGGUUUAUGAAUGCGGGAGUUAUUUCAUAAGUAGCUGGAAUAUGGUUAUCUGGGUGACCAUAAUCCUGAAAAGGACUUGUGUUGACAUUGACUGAUGUUUCGACAACCUUUGCUGUAGUCGAUAUUCAGAGUGAUCAAAAUGAGUUGCACACGUCGGUUGAUAUUGACCUGAUUGGUUAAUAUCCAGACCUUUGAGCAAGUGAGGACGGUUUCAGUAUCAUGAAACAUCUAUUUAUAUAAUCAUCGCUACUUUCUCUUCCCCUUAUAUUGGAUGCUAGUUCAUUGCCUGGUUACCCCCUGUGGAAUCUGACAAAUGUGUACUGGAUGAGUUGCACCCACAGUAAGAUCCAGCAGUGCAUGUCUUACAGUGCAUGCAGCACGGAGGGAACAGAUUAGAUGAUCAAAGGUGAAUAGAACUGCUUCGUGACAGAAUUCAACAAAAAUAAUGAUAAUAAUAAUAAUAAUAAGUAAUAAUAAUAAUAAUAAUGAUGAUGAUGAUGAUAAUAAUUAUAAUAAGCUGAUAUAAAUAUGAAAGGCUGUCACUAAGAUUUCAAGUUGCUGGGUAUAUGCAAUUAGUAAGGUGGGGAACUCAACAGCCAGUGAGUUCUUGUGGUCUCGUUUUCUUUUGCUUCCUACGAAAAUAGCUGGGGGUCAUGCUCAUAGUAGCCGGGGGAAAUUCCCGGCCCCUGGACCUCGGUGACAGCCCUUAAUAUAAUGACUGUGCCAUGUAAUAAUAUAACCUUGCAUUCCACAGUGUGCAUACUGAACUUUAUUAUUUUUAUUAUUAUAAUUAUUAUUAUUAUUCAGCCCUGAAUAUAAUGACUGUACCAUGAAAUAAUAACGUUGCAUUCCACAGUGUGCAUACUGAACUUUAUUAUUUUUAUUAUUAUAAUUAUUAUUAUUAUUCAGCCCUGAAUAUAAUGACUGUACCAUGAAAUAAUAACGUUGCAUUCCACAGUGUGCAUACUGAACUUUAUUAUUAUUUUUGUUAUUAUUAUAGUUAUUAUUAUUCAGAGCUGCAGUGCUGCCUUUUCAAGAAUUGUUCUUUGUGGGGAAGACUUGACAUUGUUUGCAACAAUGCAGCUGUUCUUUAUGAGGGUGAUUGGAAUAAAACUCUAAAUACAAACUUGGUAAGUUUU